GAGGAGAUGAAUGUGAGAUCCAGACCAGGAUGAAAUAUUCUGAGGGAGCAAAUAAGACCUCCGUGACUGAGUUUGUCAUCCUGGGCUUCUCUGACAACUCCGACAUAAAUCUCGUCUUGUUCUUGUUUUUUCUGUUCGUUUACAUCCUCACCGUGCUGGGGAACUUCCUCCUCAUCCUCAUCAUAGUUGUCGAUCCAGCCCUUCACACCCCGACAUCAAUCUCGUCUUCCCUUCACACCCCCAUGUUUUUCUUCCUCAGGAACUUGUCCUUCUUGGACCUCUGCUACACCUCUGUCACCGUGCCCAAGAUGUUGGCCAACCUCCUCUCGGACAGUAAGACCAUCUCCUUUGCCAGUUGUGCCAUGCAGAUGUUUUUCUUUCUCUUUUUCGGCAUUACCGAGUGCUUCCUGCUUGCCUCCAUGGCCUACGAUCGUUACAGCGCCAUCUGCAACCCGCUGCGCUACACGGCCAUCAUGAAUAAGAAAGUUUGCCUCCAGCUGAUAGGUGGGUCAUGGGUCUGCGGCACCGUGGCGGCCGUGGAGCACACAUCCUUGCUCUUCACCCUUCCCUUCUGUGGGCCCAACACGAUCAACCACUUCUUCUGUGACAUCCAGGCAGUGCUAAAGUUGGUGUGCGGGAACACCUAUUGGAUUGAGAUCCAUAUCAUUCUGGGUGUUGGCUUCUUUCUCCUGAUGCCUUUGUUAAUGAGUCUUCUGUUGUCCUACGUCGCUAUCAUCUCCACCAUCCUGAAAAUCAAGACGGCCGAAGGCCGGCAUCGGGCAUUCUCCACCUGCUCCUCACACCUCAUUGUGGUGACUUUGUGCUACGGGACGGCCCUCAUCACCUACGCCCGCCCCAAAUUCAGCUACGGCAUGGGGGAAGUCAAGAUUUUUUCCCUCUUCUAUUCGGUGGGGAUAGCUGUUUUAAACCCCAUCAUCUACAGCUUCCAGAACAAGGAGGUGAAAAAUGCCUUGAGAAAAAUACCCAUUACGUCGUUCGACUUGGGCUUCUUGGAUGGGGAACUCACCACAGAUACAGAUGGUUUGAAAGCACAGCUGUGA